AUGCACUUUAACAACAACACCACCAGCCCAAGGAACAACAAUCUUUACUGUUCCGGACGUGGCUAUGGUCUUGGUCAAUCUAGCCUCUUGGGGAACGGCAAUGUUGGUUUACGUGACUCUGUUCCUUAUAUGAACCGGAGACCCAUGUAUGGUUUUUUGAGUCAAAACGAAUCCAACUUAUUGCCUAGGGGAUUUUCGAAUGGUAUUUUGAAUUUAACGGAGGAAGAAAGGAGAAGCGUCGCUGUGACACCUCAAGAGUCUCAAGCUCCUAGGUUUGGACAAUAUGGUACAUCGGGAAAUGUUUUGGGAAUGAACUCUAAUCUUAAUACUGAUACUGUGGGAGGUAAUUACGCUGGAAUUACAGCUAGUGGAAAUGGUGAUUUGUUUGGACCUGGUGAAGUAAGAGUUAAUGGUAAUGAUAAUGGCUCUUUUGGUGGAGUAAGAGUCCAUGGUACUAGCAAUAUCAUUGGUAAUGGUAAUGCCUCUCUUGGUGGAAUAGAUAUUCAUGGUACUGAUAAUGAGAAUGCAAAUGGCUGUUUUGGUGGAAUAGGAGUCUAUGGUAAUGACUCUCUUGGUGGAGUAAGAGUCCAUGGUACUAGUAAUAUGAAUGGUCAUGGUAAUGCCUCUCUUGGUGGAAUUGAUAUUCAUGGUACUGACAAUGAGAAUGGAACUGGCUUUUUUGGUGGAAUAAAAGUCUAUGGUAUUGGCUCUCUUGAUGGAAUAAGAGUUCAUGGUUAUGGUAAAGGAAAUGUUAACGGCUCUCUUGGUGAAACAAGACUUCAUGGUAUUGGUAAUGGUAAUGGAUAUCUUGGUGAAACGUUUGGAGCCAAGAAUUGGAAUUUCAAUAACAACAUGAGUAACCAUGAAAGUUCAUCUUCGAGUUUUCCUUCUGCAAUGUCAUCAUUCUUAAACGAUGGGGAUCAGUCACAUAUGAAUUUCACUGCGCAAACUGAUAAUGUGGCUCUUGUCCAAGAAAAUCCAAGCAUGUUAAAUGAUCAUUAUGGCACCAACGGGAUUUUUAGCGAUACAAUUGACUCACAGUUUCAGCAUCAAGAUAAAGUGAGUGGUGAAAAUCUUGGGCUGCCUACUUAUCAUGAUCUUGCUAAAAUGAAGGGAAAGCUAGUUGUUAAUCCCCUUGAAGACAUUGAUAACUGGAGUUUUAAAAAUCAUCAAGAUAAAGUGAGUGGUGAAAAUCUUGGACUGCCUACUUAUCAUGAUCUUGCUAAAAUAAAGGGAAAACUAGUUGUUAAUCCCCUUGAAGACACUGAUGACUGGAGUUUUAAAGAUCAUCAAGAUAAAGUGAGUGGUGAAAACCUUGCGCUGCUUACUUAUCAUAAUCUUGCUAAAAUGAAGGGAAAGCAAGUUGUUAAUCCCCUUGAAGACACUGAUAACUGGAGUUUUGAAAAUGAGGACCCAUGCGCUGAAUACCUGACGGACUGGUGA